AUGAUCUGUCUACUCCUUUUGGCUCUGGCGGCUCUUCUGGCCGAGGGUCCCGCCCGCGCCCAGGCCGCCGUGGCGGCCGAGCGCCCGGGCCUCCUAGUCGACCACCGGGCCUUGGACUUGGAUUCCAUCCCCCUCUUCCCCCACAAGUACCACCUGAUCCACCAAAACUAUCCCCUCUCCGGGUACCAGGACGGGUGGUACACCCUGCGCGCGCAUGACUACAUGUCCCUCGAUCCGAAGGCCGAUCCGCUGGCGGCGGACGGCUAUGAAGAGGUGGACCUCGGGGACUUGACCCUGACUCGACGCCUGCCGGGGGCAUCGGACCGGUCGAGCGCCGGCACGGACGCGGUGCCGCCCCCGUACGAGCUGUCCGGGGGGCUGUUCGGCCGCGGGCCGCCGGAGCCGAUCCUGGUCAAUGCCCGUGGCGAGGGGUUCGGCCUUUGGGUCGAGCGGAAUAACACCACCCACGAGUACUUUCCCCAUGUCCAAGUGCACGAUUGGCAAAUGGUCAUGCACUCCGGAGACCGGGCCCGGUCGGUGGUCCUGCCCUAUCGGCUGCUCGGGGUCUUCACCCUUGACGCGUGUCCCUGGACCACCCAGACCGGCCAGUGCCCGCUGGGGCUGAUGGUGGACCACCCCUUCGGGCCGAUGCUCAGUGUGACCUUCAUCCGCCAGCAGGAUGGCUGGGAGUUGCUCUUCCCCGGCAGCAAGUUCCUCCACCACCCGGGGGACUUCCUGGUGUCGGCCAAUCUCACCGGCACCGGCCGCAUGGACAUCUACCAGGUGGUGGUGGAGGGCAAGCGCGCUCGACUGCUGCGGUUCUUCCUCCACUGGACCGGCAAUACGCCGGGGUCCGAUGGGUGGACCGAGCUGCUUAGCUGGCCGGUCGAUGGGCCGGUGGUGUCCUUCCGGUCGAUGUACCUGGACCCGAAGGCCGAGUGCCCGGUCUUCGUGGUAUCGACCCAGCGCACCAAUGACAUGCGCACCUACGACUUCCUGGUAAACCGGGCAUGCGGCAGCCGGGCCCCGAGCAUGUCCUGGCACACGUCGCUGACCAAUCUCUUUGAGCUGCACUUCCAGCAGGUCGUCGCCGGACCGGCGGAGCCCCGGCGAGCGGUCACCUCCACCGGCACGGGCAUCAUCGUGUGGGAUGGGGUGCCGAGCCUCGAGCGGAUCCUGUGCACGGGCCCCGAGUGCCGGAAUGCCCGCAUGGACAUCAACCUGUCCGGGACCAUCUGGCUGCCUGCCGACAAGUUUGCCUUCGUGGACUUCCUCGGCCAAAAGUCCGGCCGGUAUCCCCUUGAUGGCCUGCCCUUGGAUUUGGUUCUCCUGUCCAAGUCCCAAUUCCUGCAGGUUCACUCGCUGGAGCCGCGCCUGGCUCAUCCGAUGGUGGGCCUUCGCAACCACCUGGAGCUUAGUCGUUCAUCGACAUACAUGCUUUGUCCGCCGGCCUACCGCUGGCAGGAUCCCAACCAUGGGGCGUGCGCCGCCUGCAAGGAGGGCAGCUACAAUCCAGCCUACAACCCGGCAGCGCCAGCCAUCCAACGCCCGAAGGAGUGUCGUGCCUGCCCGAAGGGCUGCCGGACGUGCCUCACACCGGAAGAGUGCCUGGCCUGUGCCAGUGGUACCAAAGUCCUGCCAUGGGCGCCGAAGCUCGCCCGGCCCAAUCCCCAGUGCCUGGCCGCCUGUCCGCAGGGCCACAUCGAGUAUUACAUUGGCAUCUGCCUGCAUGAGAGCCUGGUGGCCAAGCCGCCGGCGUCCAUCCAGCCACGAGUGUACAUGAAUGAGGAGAACCUGGACGCCCGGCCGACGCGCAUCGGCGCCAACUACACGGCCGGGCCGGUGGCCGGGCGCUCCUGGCUACUGGUCAACAAGCAAACCACCCGGCCGAAGGUGUGUGCCUUUGAGGUCCGCCCGGCCGGGCUCGUGGUCGAGUGCGAGACUGUCUUCCUGGAUCCCUACGACAAUGCGGCCAAUGGGGGGGUGGAAUUCUUCGAGCACCCCACCGAGCCGGACGGCACGCAGUCCUGGUCGGUGGUGCACUUUUCCUACCGCAUGCGGCCCUCCUACCGGCACACCUGGACCCGGCGGCCGGCCCCAGCCUCGUCGGGCACUGGGUCCAAGACGCCCGGGAGCGCCUCCCCGGUGGGUGGGAAGUCCGCGGCCGGGGUAAAAGUGUCCCCCGGGGCCGGGGGCUCCGGCUCCUCGAAUGCCGAGGUCACCUCCUUUGAGCGGGUGGAAUUCCCGAUGGUCGACGGGGCCAAUCAUGAGGCCUUCCGGAUGCUGACCCGGCCGUGGCUACUUCGCGAUGGGUCCCGCCGCAUGACCACCAUGGCCUUCGGCCGAGGGAGCAACUACUUCGAUGGGCGCCGGUCUGGCGCGGCCCUGGGCAUCAAGGCCAAGGUCCUGGAAGCCCGGGUCAUGGGCCCGGCCGAUGGCCACCCGCAUCUGCUCAUCGGUGGCAUGAGCCCGCGAUCGACCAGUCUCUACAUUUGCCACUUGGCCGGGGAGCCGGUGGCCUCCGGGCAGGGGUUCGCCUGCGGCGGGGGAAACCAUGUGAUCGGCAUUGCCGGCGAGCCGGGCGCCGUCUUCACUUGGACCGUGGUCGACUGGAAUGGCGACGGCUGGGACGAUGUGCUGGUGUCCAUCGUCAACAGCGGGCGCACAUUCGAGUUCAAGCUUUUCCUCAAUGCCCGCCUCGGGUCCGGCAGCGUGUCCUUCCAGGAGGUCAUGCACACCAACACCCGGGUCAAGGCCGAGGCCUUGCCCCGCGUCACGGACAUGGCCAUGGCCCGGCUCAUUCCCGGCGACGGGCCCGGCAUCUUCCUGAUGCUGGACAAUGUGGGCUACUUCUUCCGGGCCUUCUUCGCGGACCCGCGCCACCCGAGCUGGGCCAUUGUCCACCACCCGAUGGAGCUGAAGAUGGACAGCAUGCGGGCCGCUCUCAGCAUCGAGGCCCACGACCUGACGGGCGACGGCCUGGACGAGGUGAUCAUUCGGUACACCCAUACUGCCCACCUCCCGGCCCAGGUGGCUGUCCUCAAUACCCAGGACUUCGCCAAUCACUGUGGCUGUGGCAAGGAAUUCGGCUCGUGCCAGGUGGACGCCUCGUGCACAUGUGCGCCGGGGAUGUAUCGAACGUUCGACCCGGACCGGCCGUGUGACCGGUGUGCGGCGGCUUGCGGCCCGGCCGGGUGCACUGGCCCCAAGGCGUCCCAGUGCCUGGAUUGCGCCGAGGGCCUUCGUCACAGCCCGGGGGUGGGGUGCUACCGGUGCCCGGCCGGCUGCCAGGAGUGCGACCCGCAUGUUCUUCUUGGUGGCAAGGCCAGCCCUGGACAGUCGGCCCGGGCUGGCCAUGACGCUGGCGAUGCUGGCAACGACGACGACGACGACCAGGGCCCUCCACUAGCAUCGUGUGUCAAGAAGAAUCGGUCCAAGUGAUUCGAAAGAGCAUCCGGCCAGGAGACUGAAAGCCACCGAGUGAACGUGUGAAUCGCCCUAUGCCGGCCACGGCCGAGGGCAGCAAGGGAGGGCGUUCGCUUCCCGGCCCGACGGGCGCCCGGGGCCCAGCCACCUAGGUCUCACGGCUUCUCGCGGGCCAGACACCGU